AUGAUAACUAUGCCUGAAUCUGCUCAAACCAAUAUUGAUGGUCGGUUUUCAACAAUAGACAAAGAAUUACAUUCCAGUUUAAAGGAAGUCCCCCGGCCUGCUCCAUCGACAUGCGAACGGCCAAACGAGGAGGGUUUGACCCAUCCACAUGCAAUAUCCGGUACCAUCUCAAGACGCUCUCAACCAGAUAUUCAUCCUGCGUCUAAAGAGGACACCGCGUCUCCAAUUUCGAGUCAAGUACAGCAGAUUUUGAUCGCUUUCACGAUCACUAUGACAAUACAAGAUGAUUUACAUAAGAAAGAGUCUGAUUUACAAUGGAUCCUUUCCGCUUAUAAUCUUCCGAUUGGAUGUCUACUUUUGUUUUGUGGUCGAAUAGCGGAUUUAUACGGUAAAAAGAAAGUUCUCCUUGUUGGAAUGACAACCUUCGCAAUUUUCACUUUAAUUGGUGGUUUCAUGCAGAAUGGGUCAGGUUUGAUCGACACUAGAGCUUUAGCAGGUUGCAGUGUCGCUAUGGUUAUGCCUAAUUCAAAUGGUAUGAUUGCGGAGGUAUUUAGUGAUAAAGCAAGAUCAAGAGUUUUCACUUGUUAUUCAGCUGGAUAUUCAGUUGGAGGUAUUUUAGGUGCACUCAUAGGUGGUCUGUUCGUUCCAUACGUUCGCUAUAUGUGGAGAUCGUAUUCGCCCCCAAUCAACGGAGAAAGAAACGUAGACUGGAUUGGCGCAGCUCUGAUCACUGUUGGCUUAGUGUUAUUUCUAUUCUCGAUCAGUGUCGCUCAAAGUGCUCCUCAAGGAUGGAAAACAGGAUAUAUCAUAUCAUCAUUGAUAUUGGGAGUGAUCUUGAUCAUCGCAUUUUUCUAUUGGGAACAUUAUAUAGCUACAAGAUUAAAGCUUAUCUGA